CUCGUUACGCCCUCUCAUAGUAAACCCUAGAUCUCUUUGCCUCCUCGCCUCCUCCGUCUUUUUAUCUUCGUCUCCCUCUCUCUCUCUCUCUCGCGCGCGCACCUCUUGCUAAGCACUAUCAUGGCGGCGGAGACGGAGACCUUCGCUUUCCAGGCUGAGAUCAACCAGCUCCUCAGCCUCAUCAUCAACACCUUCUACUCCAACAAGGAGAUCUUCCUCCGUGAGCUCAUCAGCAACUCCUCCGAUGCCCUGGAUAAGAUCCGGUUCGAGAGCCUCACGGACAAGAGCAAGCUCGAUGCGCAGCCGGAGCUCUUCAUCCACAUCAUCCCCGACAAGGCGUCGAAGACGCUCUCCAUCAUCGACAGCGGGAUCGGCAUGACUAAGUCCGAUCUCGUGAACAAUCUCGGCACGAUCGCUAGAUCGGGGACGAAGGAGUUCAUGGAGGCGCUCGCCGCUGGUGCCGAUGUUAGUAUGAUCGGUCAAUUCGGUGUUGGCUUCUACUCGGCCUACCUUGUCGCCGAAAGGGUCGUCGUGACCGCCAAGCACAAUGAUGAUGAGCAGUACGUGUGGGAGUCGCAGGCCGGAGGAUCCUUCACUGUUACUAGGGAUACCUCGGGAGAGAACCUUGGGAGGGGAACCAAGAUCACCCUCUUCCUCAAGGAAGAUCAGUUGGAAUACCUUGAGGAGCGCCGUCUUAAGGAUCUGAUCAAGAAGCACUCCGAGUUCAUUAGCUACCCCAUCUCCCUAUGGGUUGAGAAGACCACUGAGAAGGAAAUCUCUGAUGAUGAGGAUGAGGAGGACAAGAAGGAUACUGAGGAAGGCAAGGUCGAGGAUGUUGAUGAGGAGAAGGAAGAGAAAGAGAAGAAAAAGAAGAAGAUCAAGGAAGUGUCCCAUGAAUGGUCCCUGGUCAACAAGCAGAAGCCCAUCUGGAUGAGGAAGCCUGAGGAGAUUACCAAGGAAGAGUAUGCUGCCUUCUACAAGAGUCUGACCAAUGACUGGGAGGAGCACCUUGCAGUCAAGCACUUCUCUGUGGAGGGCCAGCUCGAGUUCAAGGCUGUCCUCUUUGUUCCCAAAAGGGCUCCGUUUGACCUCUUUGACACGAGGAAGAAGCUCAACAACAUCAAGCUCUAUGUCCGCCGUGUCUUCAUCAUGGACAACUGUGAAGAGCUGAUGCCAGAGUACCUGAGCUUCGUUAAGGGUAUUGUUGAUUCCGAGGAUCUGCCCCUUAACAUCUCCAGAGAGACGCUGCAGCAGAAUAAAAUCCUCAAGGUCAUCCGCAAGAACUUAGUCAAGAAGUGCGUUGAGCUCUUCUUUGAGAUUGCCGAGAACAAGGAGGACUACAACAAGUUCUAUGAGGCGUUCUCCAAGAACCUCAAACUUGGCAUCCAUGAGGACGCCCAAAACAGGUCGAAGCUCGCGGAGCUGCUGAGGUUCCAUUCCACCAAGAGUGGUGAUGAGAUGACCAGCCUCAAGGACUAUGUCACAAGGAUGAAGGAGGGCCAGAACGACAUCUACUACAUCACUGGUGAGAGCAAGAAGGCUGUCGAGAACUCCCCCUUUCUAGAGAAGCUGAAGAAGAAGGGCUACGAGGUCCUCUUCAUGGUUGAUGCUAUCGAUGAGUACGCAGUGGGCCAGCUGAAGGAGUUUGAAGGGAAGAAGUUGGUGUCUGCAACCAAGGAAGGUCUCAAGCUCGACGAGAGCGAAGAUGAGAAGAAGAAGCAAGAAGCCCUCAAGGAAAAGUUUGAGGGGCUAUGCAAGGUGAUCAAGGAGGUGCUUGGUGACAGGGUGGAGAAGGUUGUGGUGUCUGAUCGUGUAGUCGACUCUCCAUGCUGCUUGGUGACUGGGGAGUACGGGUGGACGGCCAACAUGGAGAGGAUCAUGAAGGCGCAGGCGCUGAGGGACUCGAGCAUGGCUGGGUACAUGUCAAGCAAGAAGACUAUGGAGAUCAACCCGGAGAACCCCAUCAUGGAGGAGCUGAGGAAGAGGGCUGAUGCUGACAAGAAUGACAAGUCGGUGAAAGACCUUGUGAUGCUGCUGUUCGAGACUGCCCUCCUUACCUCUGGCUUCAGCCUCGAUGACCCCAACACCUUUGGCAACAGGAUACACCGCAUGCUGAAGUUGGGUCUCAGCAUUGAUGAGGAAGAGGUGGCCAAUGAGGACACCGACAUGCCCCCCCUGGAGGAUGAUGCUGGGGAGAGCAAGAUGGAGGAAGUUGACUAAGAAUCUACUGCUUUACUUUAUUGCCUAAUAGUCAGUUCUAAAUUUUAAUGACUUGUUAUCUUAGAUGUGACGAUUUUGGAUCUUUAGUUUUACAUAUCUAUGUUGGAUGAGGUCAGCUUCGCUUUAGCCUGCAAUAGGGGCCUCGCUGUCUAUUGUUUUGUUUGAAUGUGCUUAGACACUAUGUUCCUUAAGAGUGAGUUUAGUUGGUGGUUUCUCUACUAUGCUUCCAUACUCUCGUGUUACUUAAAUGGAUGUCCUACAUUCCUGCUA